ACUUGCCCUCUGUAAAGAAAGCGUUGUACUUCGAAUGAGAAAAUUGUGGAAAACGUUCUCCUGUUUCCGCUAACCAACCAAACUCUACAAAAUCAAAAUCCCAUCUCAAAUUUCCCAUUUUUCAUCUGGGUUUUCAAUCCUUUUUCGAAGAAAUUAGGGCCUUCUUCUCAAUUUCUUGAAGAAGGCUCUGUUUCUUCAUUUUCUUGAAAAUGUUUAGGUUUUCUGUAGCGGCCCUUCAAUUGAUUGAGCUUUGCGUGAGUUCUGUCGUUCAUUUGUUAUAUGGGUUUUACAUCUUUAGCUCUGCGGUUGCCGGUGAUCUUUCGUUGGCGUUGAAUGAUUUUCUGUUUAAGUCGAAUAUUGAACCUUCAAUUAGGGAUGAAAAGAUGGGUGGUUCUGCAAAUGGUGAUGAUGAUCUGCCCCCCAUUGUGCUUGUUCAUGGGAUUUUUGGAUUUGGGAAAGGGAGAUUAGGUGGAUUGUCUUAUUUUGCUGGAGCAGAGAAGAAAGAUGAGAAGGUUUUGGUGCCUGAUCUGGGUUCUUUAACCAGUAUUUAUGACAGGGCUAGAGAAUUGUUUUAUUAUUUGAAAGGUGGGCAGGUUGAUUAUGGUGAAGAACAUAGCAAGGCUUGUGGGCAUGCCCAAUUUGGAAGGGUAUAUGAACAAGGGCAUUACCCACAAUGGGAUGAAGAUCAUCCAAUUCACUUUGUUGGACAUUCGGCCGGUGCUCAGGUGAUUCGGGUUCUGCAGCAGAUGUUGGCUGACAAGGCAUUUAGGGGAUAUGAAAACACUUCUGAAAACUGGGUAUUAAGUGUAACGGCUUUGUCUGGUGCGUUCAACGGGACUACUCGAGCUUACUUGGAUGGGAUGCAGCCAGAAGACGGGAGAUCCAUGAAAGCCAUAUGCCUUCUCCAACUAUUACGCAUUGGUGUUAUCGUUUAUGAUUGGAUGGACAUUCCCAUUUUAAAAUAUUAUUACAGCUUCGGGUUUGAUCAUUACAAUAUGUCAUGGAAGAAAGCUGGCGUUUGGGGUCUUGUUGAUCUUCUACUUGGAAACUCAGGCCCGUUUGCAUCUGGUGAUUGGAUUCUUCCAGACCUAACGAUCCAAGGAUCAUUACGUCUCAAUAGCCAUCUAAACACAUUUCCUAGUACAUACUACUUUAGUUACGCAACAAAACGUACUGGAAACUUAUUGGGCCGUACGGUGCCAUCAAAUAUAUUAGGAAUCCACCCGUUGCUCUUUAUCAGAGUUUUGCAGAUGUGCCAGUGGAGGCACCCACCUGAUGUCUCUCCGCCUUUCAAGGGCUAUAGGGAUGAAGAAUGGUGGGAUAAUGACGGUGCGUUAAAUACUGUGUCGAUGACUCACCCUAAGUUCCCGGUUGAACACCCUAGUCGAUUUGUAGUUGAAGAUUCCGAGUGCCAACCUUUGCAACCAGGCAUCUGGUACUACAAGAUAGUGGAGGGGGAUCACAUACUUUUCGUAGUGAACCGUGAAAGAGCAGGAGUACAGUUUGAUGUUAUGUAUGACAGUAUAUUUGAGCGAUGUAGGAAACACGCGUUUAGAAAGCUUCCGACAAUGCCAGACCAUGUUUAAUUGACAGUCGAGGUUAGCCGCUAUACAAAAUUAUAUACAUGCAUUUGACCCUUUGUAACCGAGUCGUGUAGUUCUCAUGUAAUAUCUGUCUGAUAGAGUGAAUGAUGCGCGUAUAUGCACUAAUCCAAUGUUGUACAACUCUCAAGAUUUGUUAUAUGAAUUCUAUUCAUUACAAUGUAACAAUCCAUUAUCCAUAUGCUUCGUUUUCGCAA